AUGGGAUCGUGCUGUGGCGGCAGUGGCAAAACAGGAGGAAUGCGGUUUAAGCUCCGGCUUUCAAAAGCUAUACAGGAGUUUAAGAAGGAACUUAAGGGACAGGAAGUCCAAGACCCAAGGAGGAAAGAAACUAUUGAGUUUGUGAGAGAGAAAUCGUUUUUGAAAGCAAAGCCAGUAAUAGACCAUCUUGAGCUCCGAGGGCUCGAUGGGAGCAAAGUUGGAAAUGAACUAGUUAGGUUGUAUUAUAGUAAUAAGAACGUGGUCAUUAAGGCACUGAUUAUUGGGAUUAUUUGGAUUUGCAUGGAUAAGUGUAAUAAGAAAAUUGGAGGAAUUACCAAAAAUAUGCUGGCUUCUCAAGCAGAUACGGAUAUAACAGAAGUUAUCCUUCAUUCAUUAGACAACCAUUACGAGUAUGAACAUGUGAUAAUACUAACUUUCGACUGCUUGAUAGCAUACCUUGACACAUGUAGGGUCUACAAACAAGGAAUAUUCGAAGAAGAAAAUUUAUUGGAUAGGUGCAAGAGGUUCACAAAUUCUACUCAAAGUGUUUUAAUAUCUUGCAAUAAAGCAAUCUCAAGACUUGUCCUUUACUCUUCCUUUGAAGCUGUUGAAAAGAGACAAACUGAUUUGGUCAAUUAUGUAUUUCAUGUCACUAAAUCUAAUAAAGAUAACAUUGAAAACCAGAAUAUAUCCAGAAGUGAGCCAGUUCCAGACAUGACAAGUGAAGAAGAAAUUUUAGUAAACUCAACCCUGGAGAUUCUAAAUUCAAUAGCUACUAAAGUUGAGCCAUUGGGUAAGGAAAAGAAGGAAUUUAUCUCUCUUCUCAUGCAAAACUUUGAGGAUGAAAAGUGGAAGUCUCCUAAAUACAUCAGUAGUAUAAUCAUAAACACCACUGCUAAACGAAAUGGUGAUGAAGCUAUUGUUCAGAACGAUACUCUCACGCAAAUCUUGAACUAUUUGUACCAAAUUAUAAUCGAAAGAACUGAACCUCUCUUAGAGAACACAAAUGGAAGAAGUCUUACAGAGGAGGAGUUAGUUUCAAUUACAAAAAUACUAUUUGAGCUCUAUCCUCUCAGACCAGAAUCUCAUGCUUAUGCGAUAGGGAGUCCUGAAAUAUUCAAAGUGUUCAUGAAUCUUUGUCAAGUUGAGCCAAUGGUUGGGAAAGAAGAUAACUAUGACUACGUAGUUAAUGCCUUUGGAAGUUAUAUGGAUAACCUUAUGUUCAGAUAUUCUCCAAAUGAUCAAGAAGAAACACAUGAAAUUCCAAGUGCUAGGAACAGAUUCAAAGCUACUCAUGCCCUAAUCAGAUAUGGAGAAGAGAACGAAAUUUAUGAAGAAAUUUUUGAAGGGUCCAAUCCUUCAAAUAUCAAGAAGGACCAGAUUCAGGGCUCAGUAAAUUUUAUCAGACUUAUCCAAACUGCUGUGUCUGUUCUCUACGACAGUGCUACUGAGCUUAACAAGACAGAAGAACUUCACACAAUUUCAGGGAAAGCAAUGAGUUUUACAGAUAAAGAUUUUAACACACUACUAAACCCAAUAAUCAGAGUUAUAGAAGACUCCCCAGAUGAAAUGAAUGAAGAAAUAUCUGACCUUCUCAUUGACUGAGUGAUUAAAAUGCUUAAAUAUGAGCAGAUGUUUAGCCCUAGCCAUUCAAGGAUCUUCAUUCAUGUUCUUAAAGCACUUCCUCUUGCAGCACCUUGACAAUCCGAGAACUUUCCAUUAGCUUUCGCUGUGUUUAUUAACCUUGUUGCAAAUAACCCUAAGACUCCGGUCGGUCCUUUGAUUCCUAAAUUUAUCAAAAGCUUCAAUUCCGAACUCCAAAAUAGCCAAGUCGGCUCUGAAAGGGAAAGGAACGCUUAUAGAGCCAGUACUACUCUCAAAUUUGCUGAGAUAGCUGCUUCGAUUACCCAAGAUUCUGGAUUGGCAUCCCUAGCUCGAGAUGAAGCAAAUAAUGCUGGAAAUGAUAGUGAUUCAGCAGAGACUGGAUGGAUCAAUAGUUUUAUAUCUAAGUUCUCCUCUGAGUGGAAUAAGUAUUUGGGUGAUUCUCACGUUAAUGUUGAUGAUAUCUCUCUCGAAGAGGAUCAGUCGAGGGAAGAGAUCAAUCAGCAUGAUCAAAGUAAAGAUAAGAUUCCAAAUUCUCUCCUUAAGGCUCUUGUCCAGAAAAUGGAGAAGACUGAUGUUGGUAGUGGGCAACAAUCCCAAACUCCAUCUGCAUCAAUUGCAGAGUCUAGCAAGUUCUCCCUUGAUGAUGCUACUUUCAAAAAUGACGACAGUGAGUUUGAUGAAUCAGCAUCAGCACAGAGUUUAAUGCAAUAUAUCAGGAACGUAUCAUAG